AGUUCGCGCUGUUAAAAAAAACAAAAAAAACAACCUUUCCUGACGUCACUUCGCUUCACUCGCUCAGAUCGGAGUCUUUUCCAUCUGCGGUAACAGAACAACACUCUUCAAUCGGACUCGGUUAAUAACCAGCACCCGUUUUAUCAGCGAAUCCUCAAAAAAGCUUCAAAACUGGAAAAUAUGGACUCCAAGCUGGGGCUGGCCUCAUCAUCUCCUGUCCCACCUUCCUUUCAGAAGGGUUCUCCAACUUUCUCUUCUGCUCCACCUCAACCAACCUCAGUCAAGUACAGUCCAGCACAUAGUCCUGAAGGCAACAUCCCUUUUACGAUAUUUGGUCAAACUCAUCAGACCGUAGAUGAACUUUCAAAUAUGCAGAGCUGUCCUGCUUUUGAUCUUUUAACCUCAAGUUCAAAUUGCUCCGAGUUUGUUCACCGAGGAAAAACAGGCUUGUCGACGACACCUACACACACACAAUUCAAAGUGCUUCCAAAGCUGUGGCGGCCUACAGAGAUGGAGAAUUGCAGAGGAGGAGCCAUCUUUCACCCUCUUCUGGGUCUGCAUCCUUUCUCUGUACCAGUCUUUAAAACCCAUAAUCCUGCUGAUCCACAACUUUACACCUCAGAUGUGGGCAGAUGGAACGCUUCUUCCUCAAACAGGAACUUGAACACGAGUCCAUUACCACCUAAAGAAAAAGAGAAAACUAAAAUCAACUCAAGCUGGAGUCAAAAUAGCCUUUCUGAGCAUGUGCAACACCAGAAGACCAUCCUCACAACAAAGGAAAAGGAUGUCAUGAAAAGACCGCCAGAGACACCCUGGUGUGAUGUUCGCCUGUCAGGAUCCUUGUCAGAAAGCUCCAGUGAAGAAAUCAGCAGUGAUUCUGACAAUAUGGAGAAAGAUGAUGAGGAUCUAAGCAGCGACAGCGACGACUCUGACUCUGAAAAAGAGAUCCAAGUUGGAAAGAAAGCUGUAACUCAGAUGGAUUCUGUGAAGAAGGCUUCCUUUGUACGACCCAAGUGCCAAAUUUGGAACCCAGAGCUGUUCCUGAACCCCCACUUUAACGAAGUGGUCAGCACUGCAGAUCAAGAUGCGCCUUUGGCUCUCAUAACGAAACCUCGUAUCCAGACCGACUCUCCAAGAAAAAGGCUGCUCUUGGCAGCAACCAGCCCUCCCUACCACACACCCAUCAACCUGAGCAGUGGCACCAAGAAGUUGCCCGACACAUCUGCUUCGCCAUCUAAAUCUGCCCCAUCAGGCCUUGUUCCAGCAUCAGUUGAGGCUGCUUCAGUUCUGCACGCAGGGUGGAGGCCAACAAAAACCAGUUCCUGCCUAAAACCUGUGGACUUAACCAGAAGCAGUGGGUUUGAUUUCCACAGCAGCAGAGGCUCGGAGGACUCUUCAGGAGACAUUGAGGAUGACGAAGAGAAUAGUCUGAAUUCUGGCAGUAGCCUUUCAGACUCUGGGAGCAAUCCAGAGAGUGACAGUGCUGAGGAUCAUGGGAAGGAGUUCUUUAAGGCAGAAUCACAUACAGAUGCAGACAGGAGUGCUGCCCUGCUUAAUCUGCACAUCUCAAAGCAUUUAGGUGUACCAGCCACCAGUUCACUCCACCACCAUGGCAACCUCACUCCUCCUCUAACAUUUGCAACAGCAGGUUUGAAGAAGAAAAGGAGAGUCACAGAUGAGAGAGCUCUGCAAUUACCUCUUAAGUUUGGAUGGGAGAGAGAGACCCGGAUGAGAACUGUUUUUGGCCGCCUGCAAGGGGAGGUGGCUUACUUUGCUCCGUGUGGAAAAAAGCUGCGUCAAUAUCCUGAUGUAGUGAAGUACUUGGUCCGGCAUAGAAUAACAGAAAUUUCCCGGGACAACUUCAGCUUUAGCACAAAAGUUAAAGUUGGUAACUUCUACAAAGGUAGAGAAGGACCAGAGGGUUUACAGUGGUUCCUGAUGAAUGAGGAGGACAUUUCUUCUUGUAUCAUAGCAAUAAAUGGACGGCGCAGCCAACAAACAAAAUCCAAACACCAGACCGCAAACCAUGUUUCUGCAGCCCAGCAUCAUCAUCCUGCAUAUUAUAGUGAACCUCCUCUUCAAGAUAUUAGUGAUUCAAAGUUAUUACGUAAACUGGAAGCUCAAGAAAUAGCUCGACAGGCAGCUCAGAUAAAAAUGAUGCGGAAACUACAAAAACAGGCCAUAGCACAAGCCACCAAGGAGGCAAAAAAGCAACAAGCAAUAAGGGCUGCCGAAGAGAGGCGGAAGAAAAGAGAGGAGAUGAAGAUUCAUAAACAACAAGAGAAGAUCAAGCGCAUUCAGCAUAUCCGUAUGGAGAAAGAACGCCGUGCACAGCAGGUUCUUGAGGCAAAGAGAAAGAAAAAAGAAGCUGCAGCCAAUGUGAAAAUGCUGGAAGCGGAGAAAAGAAACCAGGAGAAAGAGCUCCGUAAACUUCAGUCUUUCUUACAGAAGCACCAGGAGCAGGAGAGGUAUAGGCUAGAUAUGGAGAGGGAAAGGCGCAGGCAGCACAUGAUUCUCAUGAAAGCUGUGGAGGCCCGGAGGAAGGCAGAGGAGAAAGAACGUCUGAGAAAAGAAAAGAAAGCAGAGAAACAAUUAAACAAGAAGAAGAAACUGGAGCUCAAAAGACUGAAGCAGAAAAAAGCGAAGGAGCUAAUGAAGCCAAAAGAAGACAUGUGUUUACCAGAUCAUAAGCCGCUUCCAGAUUUACCUGGUAUACCUGGACUAAUUUUACCGGGAAAAACAUUCUCGGACUGCUUGAUGGUGUUGCAGUUUAUCCGUAACUUUGGAGCGGUUCUAAAACUCGGAUUAAACUCAAACCAGCUCACUAUAAGCGACCUGCAAGAUGGGCUGCUCAACAUUGGGAACAGUUUGCAGAAGGUGCAGGACCUGCUGGUGAGCAUGCUGUCUGCAGCUGUGUGUGAUCCCGGUAUACCAGCAGGCCAUAAGUGCAAAACCCUGUUGGGAGACCAUUUGACUAGUGUGAAGAUCAACCAAGACAAUGUGUCUGAGAUCCUGCAAAUCUACAUGGCAGCUCAUUCUGAACAGUCAGAGGUGGCUGCUCUGGCCCACAGCCUUGAAACCAAGGCGUUCCAGGCUCACAGUCCGUCAGAUAAGGCUGCUAUGCUGGCGUUCUUGGUUAACGAACUCUGCUGCAGUAAGGCUGUGAUCAGCCAGAUCGACAAAAAUAUAGAUUAUAUGACCAACCUGAGGAAGGAUAAGUGGGCAUUAGAGGGAAAGCUGCGCAAACUUAGGAACAUCCAUGCAAAGAAAACGGAUAAAAGACGCACUGAUGGUGGAGAAGAGAACCAUACCUUCAGCAGCGUCACUGUCCAGAACAAAUGUAAGAGGAGGAAAAGCAGGAGCAGCGAAGAAGAAGAGGAUGAAGACAGUGAAGACCAAGGAGAGGAUUAUGAUGGACAGGAGAAAGCAAUGAGGAGAAGGAAAAUGAAGAAAUCAGAGACGUAUGGAGAGGAGGAAGCCGCUAGACAUUCAAGAGACAUUACCGAACUAGACACCAAGAUCCAGAAAACAUGCAAGUUGCAAAAUGAAAUCAGUCAGAAGCUGUUUGAAGCAUCUCACUCACUGCGCUCGAUGGUUGUUGGUGAAGACCGAUACAGGAGGCGUUACUGGCUCCUCCCACAUUGCGGGGGCAUAUUUGUUGAAGGAGUAGAGAAUGAGUUGGAGGAGGUGGAGAAAGACGGGGGAAGACAGAAGGCUUCUGUCAGAGUAAAGGAGGAGCAGCAGGAAAAGAUCUCACAACAGAGGACAGAAAAUGUUAAAACCAAGGCAGAGCGCCAGCAGAACGACGACGACAGUCUUCUCCAAAAGUCUUUUUCUAAGCUCAGCAAACUGUUUGAAGCAGCCAAAAUAGGUCAAAACUCAAACGUUGAUGCUGAGGACACCCAUCCUAGUCAAGUUUCUAUCACAGAGCCUUGUCAUUCUUGUUGUACCCCAGAGACGGAUAAAACUUCAGCUCCAUCUGCGCUCAGUGCUGCCCAGCUCAACAAUAACUGCAUGACCUGCAGCCCUCAAUCCAUCCUGCCUGACAACCAGCUGUCUGCGGUAUUGACUGAAAAAAGCAGUGAGUGGUUUAGCCUCCUGCCCCGCACUCCUUGUGAUGGCUCUUCUGUGGUCUCGAACAUCAGUUGUCCAGCUUUCAUCUCCUCCUCGCAACUUGUCAGGACCGAAUCCUCCUCAUCUCUCCUCACCAAUACCCCGAGGAAAAACACCAAAGCUGGGAUUAAUAGACUACAUGCAGCUGACUCUCAGGAAGCAGAGGGUAAUCGAGACGAGGACCUCUGUCUGGCAGAUUGCAACGCUGUCGACACGAGUGAGACCACAGAGCCUCUGAAUAACAAGCCUGCUUGUGCGUCAUUUUCUCCUCUGGAGGUAGCCAAGGCUCAGGACCACAUUUGUCCUCAGCCAGUUCCUGAAGAGAUGCUGCGAGGCUGGUGGAGAAUUUCAGAUGUGGAGAACUUGCAGAGUCUGGUCAAUUCUCUCCAUAACCGGGGUAUCAGAGAGAGGGUGCUGCAGAAACAGAUCCAAAAAAAUAUGGAGCAUAUGAGCCAGAUCUAUGCCAACCGAGCAAAUGCAGAAUUUGAUACAAAAGACCCAGAAAAGCAGAAGAGAAGCAAGGAGAUUUUUGAAGGCUGGUGUGUUGAACAGCGAGCCGCAGAGGUGGACAGCAAUCUGCUGCUGCAGGUAGAAGCUCUGGAGAAAAAUGUCCUAUCUGCCAACUUACACAUUCAGGGUUGGAUGCCAAGGGAACCCAAGUACAACAAUGACGAUCUGGUCUGUUUUGAACACAAGCCCUUCUCUUCUGUUUCUUUGGACAACAAAAAAUGGGGAGAAACUCGGCAGGAGAGACUUUCAGGCUUGUUGAUGCGACGCUCCAACAACCUUCUUGACGUAGCUGUCAUCAAGCUUGCAGAGCUGGAGAGGAACACUGAGCGAAGCAACAAGCAGGAGGUUGCUCCUGGGAUGAGACAGUGGCAUAAAGCCCUCGGUAAAAUCCGCAGUUCAGCUCAGCUGUCUCUUUGCAUUCAGCAUCUGCGGAAAUCUGUUGUUUGGAAACAAGACGUCUUGAAAGUGCAGUGCCAGCUCUGUCAAAAAGGAGACAACGAUGAACUUCUUUUACUGUGCGAUGGCUGUGACAAAGGCUGCCACACUUACUGCCAUAAUCCAAAGAUAACCAUGGUGCCUGCCGGAGCAUGGUUUUGUUCUUCUUGUGAAAGCGGUCAAAUCCCUCCCAGCGGGGAGCAACAAAGCCAAACAGCUGGAGGAAAGCAUAAAAGCAGUGAGGUAAAACAAAACUGUAAGCCAUCUGUGAAGGGAGAGCGUGUCAGUGAGGAGGUUGCCAGCAGCAACAACAUGCCAAGAAGAGGUUCCAAGGAGUUCAAAAAGAGGAAAGGAGAAGACAGCUCUGAGCCCAGGUUUGACAGCCUUGUCUCCUGUACAAAAAGGACAAAAACUCCCAAAAGUGAGCUGGCUGUGUGUCGAGUGCUGCUGGCUGAGCUGGAAGCCCAUCAGGACGCUUGGCCCUUUCUGAGACCGGUUAAGCUCAAAUCUGUCCCUGGAUACAAAAAAAUCAUCAAGAAACCAAUGGACUUCUUUACUAUUAAAGAAAAACUCAUCAACAACAUGUAUUUAAAUCAGGAGAACUUCGUUAUUGAUGUGAACCUGGUUUUUGAUAACUGUCAAAAAUUUAACGAAGACGACUCUGAAAUUGGACGAGCCGGCCACAGGAUGAAGAGAUUUUUUGACAAACGAUGGACUGAGUUACUGCAUUGAAAAAAGAAAACCCCCAAAAAACACCACAGUUGACACAGCAAUAACCGUAUUAUUCUUUGUAAUUAAAGCUCUGACUAACUUUUGAAAAGAUCGCACACCUUUUGUUAACACUGAUGUGCAGAGUCAAUAAAGGUAACAGAAAAGACUUGUGGAAUGUCUGGUUGUGUUGAAUACUGCUUUAUUUAAUAAAAUACACUUCAUCCUGAA